CACACACACACACACACACACUCUCUCUCACACACACACACACACACAUCCUGAUCAUUCCGCUGAAGAAAGCGCUCGGAUCAGCCGCCAAACAACGCAAAACAAGAAGCAGCGAGUCUCGGAGUAACGACUGGAUCUACAGUAACGAUGGAGUUUCUUAAAGACGAGAAAGACGACGCGAGGGAUGCAGAAACCCACGGAGAGAAAGACCCCGACGAGCAGAGAGACCUGAUGGAAGUGGAAGAGGAUACCGAAGAACAGAGUGAACUUGAAGAAGAAAGUGAAGAACUGCAUGAAAAAUCUUCUAAAAAGAAUAAAAAGAAUGUGUCCCAAAAAAGAUCUCAGAGAACUGGAGCUAGAAAGUCGUGCACCUGCGGUCAGUGUGGAAGGAGUUUCACGUGUAAGGGAAGCCUGAAGGAUCACAUGAGAAUUCACACUGGAGAGAGACCUUUCACAUGCAAGUACUGUGGAAAUGGGUUUAAACAAAGAGCAAGCCUUACAGAACACAUAAGAAUCCACACUGGAGAGAAGCCGUUCAAGUGCAAUCAGUGUGAGAGGAGUUUUCGACAAAAAGGAAGCCUUACAGGUCACAUGAGAGUUCACAGUGAAGAGAAGCCUUUUACAUGCCAGCAGUGCGGGAAAACUUUUGCACAAAACGGAAACUUUCAGACUCACUUAAAAACUCACUCUAAUCAGAAGGCAUUCAUCUGUCCUCAGUGUGGGAAAGGUUUUAAUUUGCUAGGAAGCCUGAAAAAGCAUGAGCUCGUUCACAGUGAAGUGAAGCCGUAUCACUGCGCUCCAUGUGGGAGAAGUUUCAGCCAAAUGACCGAACUUAAAAGACAUUUAAAGUCCUUCAUGCAUAAUAAAUACCUGCCGCUAGAGAAAUUCAUGCUCCAGAGUGGCUCCUCAGCUCAUGGUUUGCCCUCAGGAGUGAAUAUGUCCUUCACUAAAACACACUUCCUGCAGUGAAAUCCCUGCUGUUUUUAUGAAGGCAGUAAAAGGAAGAUCAAUGUAUUAAACAAAUAAUUAAAAAAUGUCUGUUACUGUAAACAGAUGCUUUAAAGUUCAGGAGGUAACCACUUUUAAAUUAAUAAAAUUACUUGU